GGGCGGCGGCGGCGCGGGGCGAUGAGCGGUCUCGGCGGCGGCGGCGAUGGAGAUCAGGUGCGGGGGGCUGCUCUUCAGCUCCCGCUUCGACUCGGGAAACCUGGCGCACGUGGAGCAGGUGCAGCCCCCCGGAGGCGGCCCCGCGGCCUGCGGCGCCGCGCUCCCCGCCGCCGACUACGAGUUCAACGUCUGGACGCGGCCCGACUGCGCCCAGACCGAGUAUGAGAAUGGCAACAGGUCCUGGUUCUACUUCAGCGUGCGGGGAGGUGCUCCAGGGAAGCUGAUCAAGCUGCACAUCUUGAACAUGAACAAGCAGAGCCGGCUGUACUCCCAGGGCAUGUCCCCCUUUGUCCGGACCCUGCCUGUACGGCCCCGCUGGGAGCGCAUCCGCCAGCGGCCCAGCUUCGAGAUGGUAGAGACGCAGUUUGUCCUGUCCUUUGUGCAUCGCUUCCUGGAGCACCGCGGGGCCACCACCUAUUUUGCCUUCUGUUACCCCUUCUCUUACACCGAGUGCCAGGAGAUGCUGGCACAGCUGGACAGCCGCUUCCAGGAGUGCCGGCACAUGUCUCCUGCCAGCCCCCUUGACUCAGUCUAUUACCACCGGGAGCUGCUUUGCCACUCUCUGGACAAGCGGCGUGUGGACCUGCUGACGAUCACCUCGUGCCAUGGCAUGCUGGAGAAGCGUGAGCCCCGCCUGGACAAACUCUUCCCAGACACGGCCACUCCACGUCCACACCGCUUCGCAGGCAAGAGGGUGUUUUUCCUGAGCAGCAGAGUCCACCCAGGAGAAACUCCCUCCAGCUUUGUCUUCAACGGCUUCCUGGACUUCAUCCUGCGGGAGGAGGACCCCCGUGCCCAGAUGCUGCGACGCAUGUUUGUCUUCAAGCUCAUUCCCAUGCUGAACCCCGAUGGGGUGGUGCGAGGCCACUAUCGCACCGACUCCCGUGGGGUCAACCUGAACCGGCAGUACCUGAACCCCGAUGCCGAGCUGCACCCCGCGGUGUUUGGGGCCAAGGCCAUCCUGCUCUACCACCACGUGCACAGCCGCGUCCUGCCAGGUGCUCCUGACUGGAGGACCUAUGUCUCCCCCCUCGGCACCAGCUCCCUCAGCACAAAAUCUUCCAACCAUCCUGCUGGCAGCAGCGCCCCAGCCCCGGAGGCAGCUCUGACAGAGCUGGAGAAAGCCAAGAACCUCCACAACUCGCCCGGUGCCUGGUGUGCCGGCGCCCACCCAGGAAACAGGGAUCUCUGGAUCCUCCCAGCGAGCCCUGGUGCUGAGCACUGUGAGGAGGGAGCCAGGAGGCCUCCCUCAGCCCCCCUCCCUGAAAACAUCCCACCGCAAGACAGUGGGCUGGCCUACUAUGUGGAUCUCCAUGGACAUGCCUCCAAGCGUGGUUGCUUCAUGUACGGCAACAGCCUCAGCGAUGAGAAUGAUCAGGUGGAGAACAUGCUGUUCCCCAAACUCAUCUCCCUGAACUCGCCUUACUUUGACUUCACGGGCUGCAACUUCUCGGAGAAGAACAUGUACGCCAGGGACAAGCGGGAUGGGCAGUCAAAGGAGGGCAGCGGGCGCGUGGCCAUCUACAAAGCCUUGGGCAUCAUCCACAGCUACACCCUGGAGUGCAACUACAACACAGGACGGGCGGUGAACAGCAUCCCGGUCGCCUGCCAUGAUGACGGCCGUGCCAGCCCCCCGCCCACACCCGCCCUCCCCGCCAAGUACACCGUGGAGCUGUUUGAGCAGGUGGGCAGAGCGCUGGCGGUGGCGGCGCUGGAUAUGGCAGAAUGCAACCCCUGGCCCCGCAUCAUCCUCUCGGAGCACAGCUGCCUUGGCAACCUGAGGGCCUGGAUGCUGAAGCACGUGCGCAGCGUGAGGGGCACGGGCGGGGGCCCGCUGAGGAGAGGAGGUGCCAGAACUCCCCCCAGGAGCUCCACCAGGCUCCCUGCCUCGGCCUCCGAUAACGUGCUGUCCCGUGUGAGGGGCUGUAGCACCGGCACCAGUGGCAGCAGCCAACAAGACUUGCUGUGGGUCAAGGCCUCCCCCAGCUCCCCCCCGGGCUGUGGCAGCCCCCCAGGCCCGGCCAUGGCCAGCCCCAGCCCUCCAAGGGGCUGCCCCAGGGCCCUGGCACCAGGCAGAGGGACCCUGAUACUGAGCACCAGCUGCAGACGGCGGGAGGCCCAGCGUGCUGUGCAAGAGCCGGUGGCUGCCCCGGGCAAUAGCCUGCUGCAGGUGCUCCCAAAGAAGCUGGAUGCCCAGAGAGCCCCAGCGCAGCCCGGGGCUCUACCCAGAGCCCCCUGCGCUCCCCGGAGGGGUGCCCAACACCGAGGGACUGUUCCUGUGCAGGGGCACAGCCCCACACCCCCAGGGCCCAGCCACAGGCUCCUACCAACGGGUCCUCUCCUUCUGCGCUGAGCUCCGACACGGCACCUGCACCGCCGCUCACCAGCCUCAAGAGGCUGGAGCCGCCCCACGGCCAUGGCCCUCCCCGGCCCCGGCACUGGGCUCCCACCCCCGGGCAGCCGCGCUCCUCGCCGCAGGACCGGCGGAGGGACAGAUGUGCGCGUCACACGUUUUUU